AUGAAGCAUUUUCCUAGGUUGAAGCCCAAGGAUCCCAGAAGCCGCAGAGGGUCCAAGAGAGAGAAACGGGAUCCCAGACAUGACACCCACGUCUGCAUGCGGAUGCUCUUCCACAUUCAGUCGUUACAAUUAGGUUACACGUCUCCUCCAGGUCUUUCCACUGAAAACACGAGUGCAAGCAUCUCAGGGAGAACCAGGUGGAGGAGGACAGCCAAUGCAAGCUGGGAACGCUUUGCAGUCCAGAGUCAAAGGAGGCGUUUUAGAGCAGGGGUUUUGAGGGAAGACCUGAGUCAGCAGUGGGAAGGACAGCCAGAAACCUCUGCCCCUCUUCAUCACCUCUCAGGAGAAGAAACGAUUAAAGUGAAAAGCACAGACGUAGCUCAACAGCCAGCAAGUAGACCCCCUCGUAAAAAGUAUGGUAAACGCAAAGGGGUCGUUCGGAGGAGUGCUGGGAAGAGAGAAGCCUCAGGAUCACUGCCAGUUGGUGCCGAGAGUGAGGAUGCCCUGUGCGGUGACAAAUCACGGGUGCACACGACCUCUGCCCCUGCUCCAGCAGAAAGGCCAAUAAAGGCAUCACGGAGGUCCAGCGCGAGCCACGAUUUCCCGACACUGUCGGGACACGAGGGUGAGAAAGAGGGCAAGGCAAAGGCACAAGCCUCCACGGUUACAUCCCGGCGUCCCACAGUCCUGGAGGAGGGUGCAUGUGCUAAUGAUGGACAGGUGGCCCCAUCCCAGCCACGGGGUGUCAUCCCCACUGUGCCCAUAGCUCUGAACGCAGAGGCACAGGACACCUGGCCAAAGACCGUGGCUACUCACUCCGCGUGCUCUGCGCUCUCAAGGAAUGCUGAGGACUCUGGGGAGGGGGCCUCGAAGCCAGGCGUGGAAGGGGCGGCCGCUUCUUCCGGGUCCCCUGCCCCCUCCAGGUCCCCUGCCAUGAGGCCGCGUGACUCCCUCUGUCUGGCAGACAGAAUUAGGAAGCUAAAAGCGGCAGUUUGUUCCGAAGGACUGCAAGAACGCCGACCUCCUGCUGACUCGAUGUCUAGGAAUCCCAUCCGCAAGGCUAAAAUGGCUGGUGGUAAACGAGGUGGACAACCUGCCAGCAUGGCUCUGACACAGGAGCCUCCUCCAGUUGAAAGAGGAACGAUGGUGUGGUUUAAAUUUCAAGACCACCCAUUCUGGCCGGCUGUGGUGAAGAGUGUCAGCACGUCGGAGAAGACCGCACGGGUGCUCUUGAUUGAGGCAGACCUGCGCCAGGAGAGGAGCGGCAUCCGAGUUCCUCUUCGAAGACUGAAGCCCCUGGAUUGCAGAGAGAAAGACAGACUCCUGCAGAGAGCCAGGAAAGUGCACGAGCAAGGUGUUAACUGGUGUUUCUCCCUCAUCUCCCACUACACACAAGCCAUCGGCCGGGGUUCCUUCGUGGGCUCUUUCCUGGACUAUUAUGCCGCCGACGUCAGCUACCCACUCAGGAAAGCCAUCCAAGAGGGCCCGCUGGAGGUUGACUUUCCAAAGGUGAACUAUGCCGACCUGGAAGACUCUGAGGAGGAGACCUCCCUGGGCGGGAAGAGGCCCUGCAAGAGGAUUCUCCCCGACAGGAUGAGGGCCGCUCGGGACCGGGAAAACCGCAAGCUGGUGGACUUCAUUGUGAAGAGAAGGGGGGCCGACCACCACCUCUUGGACAUCUUGAAGGGCAGGAAACAGUCCAGGUGGCUGACAACAUUUCUGAAUUCACCAAGGCACAGGCUCUGCGUUGAAACGUACCUGGAAGAUGAAGACCUGUUGGAUGUUUUGACGAAACAUCUACAAGAAAUCUAUACACAAAUGGACAACACCAUGCUGACUCUCAUAAGAGACGACAAAGUAAAUUUUGUUCUGGAAGUUCUCCUGCCAGAAGCAAUCAUUUGUUCCAUCGCAGCACUUGAUGGGCUGGAUUACCAGGGGGCAGAAGAGAAGUAUCUGCGAGGGCCCCCCGUGCACUACCGCGAGAAAGAACUAUUUGACAGAAACGUCAUAAAGGAAAGGAGAAAGAGAUCAGCAACCAUGAGGACGGCUAACUAG